AUGGCCGCACAGCUGCGCAUCGACAGCGACAGCGCUGGAGGAGUCCACGACUACGGCGGCAAUGCGCUGGUGUUCUCGGUCCUCCACGACCUGCUCGGCGCCGCGGCCUUCCUCGCCUCACACCCGCUCCACGCCGCCUACGUCCUCUUCUUCUCCCGCUACCUCCUCUGGCUGGCCUCCUUCUUCUGCCCGCUCCUCGUCUCCACGUCCCUGCUCCUGGCUGUGCUCGUCACCGCCGGCCCGUACGUCACCACGGGGUGGCCGGGGGUGAGCUCACUCGGGAGGACCUGCGGCAUUGCCGUCGCCGCGCUCUGCGCCGAGCUCCGGCCGGACGGCGGAGGCGUCAGCCUGGUUGGGCAGCUCUGCUCCUUCGUUCUCGGUCCAGCUGACGUCGCCGCGGUUCUCCGCGUCGGCGAGAUCAUGGGUGAGCUGUGCGACAUCAGUGCUGGUUCUUGCUUUCUCUUGGAAGAGAAGACCUUCUUCUUGUCAGGUACCCAAGACGAAGAGGGCAUCAGGGUCACAUUGCAGAGUCCAAUUGGAGAAGAGAUCUUCCUGGAACAUGGGGAUUUUUAUGAAGAUGUCUUCAAGGAUAAAAUUGAGGACAAGAAUGUAGUUUCUGAGCAUCUCAAGGGUCCUGUCUCUUCUCCUUCUUCUUCAGAGCAUUGCUGUCAAAGUGAGACAUUAUUCGUCCAAGAAAUAAAAGAGCAGGAGAAAAGCAUCGAGGUACAGAGUAUAAGCUUGUCAGUGAUAGAUGGUGGAGUCGGUGGUGGGGUUGAGGAGAAGAGAUUGGAGUGUGAUCCCGUGCCGGUGGAGACCAAGAAAUGUGAGUGGCCCAAGUCACAUUCCUCGAUUUCUCGGCGAAUAAGACAGUGGGAAGACGUGACAUCUGGCAAUUUGAAGCGAGUUCCUGAUGACACCCUUGAGAAGAUUCCGGUGGAUAACAGUCUGGAGAAGGCCUCAUUUAAGGAUGUGAAGGUAAUCAUACAAUUGGAGACCGAAUCUUGCAACAAAGAAGGCGGUGUAAACCAACUUGCUCAAGAGAUUGUUUCUGUUGGAGAAUCUGACCAGACAGAGAAAGAAUCUUGCAACAAAAAAUUCAGUGACCUUGCUCAAGACAUUGUUUCUGUUGGAGAAUCUGACCAGCCAGAGAAGGAAUCUUGCAACAAAACAUUCAGCGACCUUGCUCAAGAGAUUGCUUCCGUCGGAGAAUCUUACAGAGAACAGCCAGAGCAGGAAUUUGUAGAUGUCAAGGAAUUGUUGCAGUCGAAGACCGAAAAAUGCAGCAAAGAACUGGAACCUGAAGAAAACGCCCCGAUUGAGCAAACCCAAGAAGAAAUGCAAGAACAGAAUGUGCAGCCAGAACCAGAAUUGCAAGAGCAGAGCCACAUGGACACCCAGAAUGAACAAGACUUCCAAGAUGUGGAACCUCUGAAAGAGUUAGGCGAUCAGGAGCACAAGGAUGCGGAUGAAGAAUCUGAAACCCUGCAGGAUGAUGCCAGGGAGGAGAAUCCCCUGAAGUCGACAUCCAUCGCUCGGCGCGUGCACACACGAAUCUCGUCGGAGAGCCUCGUCGGUGAGGCGUCACCGGGCAAGGAGAAGGAAUGGAAGAGGACGCUGGCGUGCAAACUCUACGAGGAAAGGAUCCAGCUCAAGCUCCUCCGCGACCGCGCCGUCGUCGGGGCAUGCAGUGACGACAUGGACAUGCUCUGGGAGGCCUACGAGACAGGCGGGGGCAGCAGCGCCACUGCCGGCGACACGAAGCGUGGCGGCAGCAAGGCGAAAAGGGGGAACGCGCAAGACGAACUCGUGGACGAAGGUGAGUUAGAGGAGGAUGAAGAUGUCGACGAUGAAGGUACAGUGAGGCAGCUGUGCUGCCUUCAGGCUCUCAAGUUCUCCACCAGGAAGAUGAACUUCGGAGGUGGCAAACCGAGCCUGGCCAAGAUCUCCAAGGUCCUCAAGAGGAUGACCGCGCUUUCGAGGGUCGGAUCACGGCGUAACGUGAAGGGGUGA